CAGAAAUUUCAACUUAAUCACUCCAAUAGAUUUGGAGCAAAUUGACGUUGACAGACGGACAGACAGACACAACAGUAAUCCUAUAAGGGUUCCAGUAUUUAUUAAGUACCUUUUUUAAUUUGCCUUUAAGAGUAUUCCUUGGACAUAUACAGAAAUAGAUCCUUUGACCGGAAAUAAAUAUUUAACGGGUUUCUGCAUUGAUUUUAUAAAAAAGUUAUCGGAAGUUAUGGAUUUUGAUUAUGAACUUGUUAUUCCUAAAGUUGGAUUCUAUGGCAAUAAAAACGAAUUUGGAGAAUGGGACGGCGUAGUCGGGGACCUUGUUCGUGGGGAAACUGAUAUAGUUGUUACUAACUUAAUAAUGACUGCAGCAAGGGAAGAAAUUAUAGAUUUUGUAGCCCCUUAUUUCGAUGAAGGUGGUAUAUCUAUAGUCAUGAGGAAACCAGUGAGGAAAACGUCUCUCUUUAAAUUCAUGACAGUUUUAAAAUUAGAAGUGUGGCUUAGCAUUUUAGCCGCUCUAACAUUAACUGCUAUUAUGAUUUGGUUUUUGGAUAAAUACUCUCCUUACAGCGCAAAGAAUAACAAAAAGGCUUAUAAUUAUCCUUGCAGAGAUUUUACUUUAAAAGAGAGCUUUUGGUUUGCUUUAACCUCUUUUACGCCUCAAGGAGGUGGGGAAGCCCCGAAAUCCCUAUCAGGACGAACACUGGUAGCUGCCUAUUGGUUGUUUGUUGUCCUGGUACUUGCAACAUUUACUGCUAAUUUAGCUGCUUUUUUAACAGUAGAAAGGAUGCAGACACCCGUACAAUCAUUGGACCAGUUGGCAAAGCAAUCUAGGAUAAAUUAUACAGUCGUGGAAAGCUCUCAAACCCAUAAGUAUUUUAUAAAUAUGAAAUACGCGGAGGAUACGUUGUACAGAAUGUGGAAAGAAUUAACAUUAAAUUCGUCCCCCGAUGACUCCCGAUACAGAGUCUGGGAUUACCCGAUCAGAGAACAGUACGGUCACAUUCUAAUUGCUAUAAACGAUUCUAUACCAUUAAAAUCGGCAAGUGAAGGUUUUCGUAAAGUAAAUGAACGAACAGACGCUGACUUUGCUUUUAUUCACGAUUCGUCUGAGAUAAAAUACGAAAUUACCAAAAACUGUAAUUUGACCGAAGUUGGUGAAGUUUUUGCAGUUAAACCUUACGCUGUUGCUAUCCAACAAGGAAGUCACUUACAAGACGAUUUAAGUUUAGCAAUUUUGGAUCUUCAAAAGAUUCGCUAUCUAGAAUAUUUACAAUCGAAAUACUGGAACAAUUCUAUACAAGAAAACUGCCCCAAUACUAGCGAAAAUGAGGGAAUUACAUUAGAAAGUUUAGGCGGAGUGUUCAUAGCAACACUCUUUGGGCUGGCGUUAGCUAUGGUUACAUUAGUGGGUGAAGUAUUAUACUAUAAACUGAAACCAAAACAGUGCUACGUCCACCCUAUUAAUAAGAACAGAAACGCAAAAAAAUGCAAACUUUCAAAUAAAAAAACUAUCACAAUUGGGAACACUCUAGAACUUAUUCCCGAUAGAAAUUUAACCCCCCAAAUUUCGUACAUUAAUAACUAUCCUAGAAGUCGAUUUGCUAAAUUUGAACAUCAGCAGAAGUAUUAAUUUACAUAUA